GGAAGACGGUGUAAAGGUUUACAGCAAACUGCUAUUCUGUUUAUCUCAAGCAAAUAGGUCCUUCACUGAAGAACUCCUCCCCUAGGUCAUUCAACGUAUUACCUAUGUGCUCGGAGGGGAACAGAGUAAACAGGGGAGAGGAGAGUGAGCUGUGUGUUCCUGAGAGGGUGUGGAGAGCCCAAACAGGUGUAGCCUUCAGUCUGGAGCAGGGCUUUCUGCAUGCCUCUGAGGCUUCAGCAUGGAGAUGAACACAGUGCCUAAGAGCCAUCCUGACAAAGGGAAGGACAACCAUGCUUUUUUGGCAGAGGAGAAAGAUCUGACCCGCACCGAUUUGAACCUGACUUCUGAAGAUGGAGAAGAUGCUCACGACGACCAACCAAAAAGUUUCCUACAGAAGAAUGUGGAGUGGGCAGAGGCCUGCUUGAUGAAGAACAAGGACAGGAUUAUAUUGGCCCUACUCCUAGUUUUACUUGCAGGUUAUGCUGCCAUGUUGAUAGCGGCCUGUAUUCUGAAUUACAAACAAGCUGUUGAGCUGCUGGCAGUCACGAUUGUAGUCAUUUUCUUUCUGGCCUGGGAUUGGUUAAUGCAACGCUACGGUGACCUUCUAUGCCAGAAGUUCUCUCCCAUCUGUGAGCUGUGGGACGGCAACUGGUUUUGGAUCAAAUGGGUGGUGUAUGCGGUGUUACUGGUGAUGCUGGUGUGUUGGCUUGUGUUUGACACGGCCAAGAGCGGAACCAGGCAACUGGUGUCCUUUGCUGGACUGGUGCUUCUUAUCCUGCUCAUGGCACUCUUCUCCAAACGCCCCACCAGGAUCCAUUGGAGAACUUUGUUUUGGGGUGUUGGGCUACAGUUCGUCUUUGGUCUGCUCAUGCUCCGGACGGAUGUUGGCCUAAAAGCGCUACAGUGGGUGGGAAACAAAGUAGAGACCUUCCUGUCCUACUCAAAUUCUGGGGCCAAAAUGGUUUUUGGUGAGAGUUAUGAGGAUCACUUCUUUGCAUUCAAGGUGAUGCCUUCUAUUGUCUUUGUAAGCACCAUCAUUUCGGUCCUCUAUCACGUGGGUUUCAUGCAGUGGCUCAUUCUGAAGAUUGGUUUUGUAAUGCAUGUAUCCAUGGGAACCUCUCUGACAGAAUCGACAGCUGCAGCAGGGAACAUGUUCCUGGGACAGACCGAGUCCCUGCUCCUGAUUCGUCCGUACAUCCACCAGAUGACCCGCUCUGAGAUCCACGCCGUUACGGCGGGUGGGUUCGCUAGCGUCUCUGGGAGCAUCCUGGCGGCCUAUAUCUCCCUGGGGGUGAAGGCCUCUCACCUCCUGACAGCGUCCAUAAUGUCAGCACCGGCCUCCCUGGCCAUCGCCAAGGUGUUCUGGCCGGAGACGGAGCCUGCCAAGGUCAGCAGGGAGAUAAAGAUGCCCAGAGGGGAGACAAACAACUUGUUGGAGGCUGUAGCUCAAGGGGCGUGUUCCUCUGCGCCAUUGGUGGCUAAUAUAGUCGUCAACCUCAUCGCUUUCGUUUCCAUACUAGCCUUCAUGGACGAGACUCUGUCCUGGCUGGGAGCCUUGUUUGAUUAUCCACAGUUCAGCUUUUCGCUCAUCUGUUCCUAUGUGUUUGCGCCGCUGGCCUUCGUUAUGGGCGUAUCGUGGGAGGACAGCUUCAUUGUGGGCGAGCUGAUUGGCAUCAAGACGUUCUUGAACGAGUUUGUGAGCUAUGAGAGGCUGUCUGUGCUCAUCAAGAAUAGGGAGGAAGGGAAGCCUGAGUAUGUGGGCAUCGUUAAGCAGUAUAUAUCGAUUCACUCCCAAACCAUAGCUACCUAUGCUCUGUGUGGCUUCUCUAACUUUGGCUCCCUGGGGAUGAUCAUUGGCGUGAUGAAUACCCUGGCUCCAGAGAGAAUAUCAGACUUCACCGACUGUGGCCUCAGAGCGUUGACGGCAGGAAGCGUGGCCUGUUUCAUGACUGCAUGCAUCGCAGGUAUUCUAUACGUUCCGGAACUCCAGUGUGAUUCGGUGUUUGGAGCGCUCGCCAACAUCUCUGUAUGGAAUACCAGCACUGAGAUAUCUGAAUGCUGCUGCCAGCUAUACAACAGUGUAAAGGCGACCACUCCAAUGAACAUGACCAAUGGAACUUCCAUUUUACAACGUUGCUGUGCAUUUGCUCCCUCUGCUUUCUUUAACUGUACCAUUGGGCUUGAAGCGAUCAUCCCCCAUGGUGUAAAAUGUCAUUAGCAUAAGUAUGAACAAAGGAUUCAAUGAGUAGGAAUCAGUCUUGGGAAAAAAAUCGUUCAAGGAACCUCAUCCCUUGAUGCAUUCGUAGAAGUAGCCUAGCCCUUUCCAAUGACACGGUAGUCAUUAAAAAAGGGAGGGUGAGGGGGCAUUUAAUUGGCUGCAAUAUGCAUUUUUACCACUAGAUACCACUAAAUUCAUCCCACUCAACAUUUAAUAGUUUCUAUUUUUUUAUUGCUGUGUAACCUAGGCUAUUUUUCUAGCCUAAUUAAAUUUACAUUUCUGUACUUCUGUCCUUGAAUUAUUAAUAGUGUUGCUUUGUGUAUUUCAUCAUAUGUUUUCUAUUGCAUUUUCUAUUGUUUUUUGUUUAUU